AAGUAUGUGAAGAUAAUAUAUAAUUAGCGAUUUUGCGCUGUACAAAAUAAAAUGAAUUGAAAUGAAUGGAAUUGAGGUAAUAGCACACGGCUGAUUUAACGUCAUCUAAAUGAUGCUCUUUGUGUGCGGCGAUGAGUCCUAGCACAGCGCCGCAGGUUUGUUCUUCUAACAGACAAACAGCCAACAGGACAGACGCAACGUCAUCCACGACAGACAACAACCAGAGAGCUAACGCUAGCUCCACGCUAAAAUGCUAAUGACGCCAGCUAGCUCAACACAUUACCAUAUAUAUGUAUUUAUAAUGUCCUCCUUCUGCACAAUUCUCUCGAAACUGCUAAAAUCUCCUUUGAAAUGUCUUAUAUCACUGAUAUGAUUUCACUGCUUAAGGGUCUAUUUCCAUGAAGCAUGUUUUUAAAGAAUUCUAUUUUAUUCCCUUUCUGAACGCUUAUUGAAAUAAACACAUGUAAUAUAUUUGGAAAAAACCUUAUGGACAAAGAGUAAACUAACUAGAAGGCGCCAAAGGGGGAGUGGCUUAGCGAAGAAGUCUCCUUGAAUCUGAUUGGCGGUCGGGGACAGUUGGUGGCUUUAGAACCUUUUCCUCCAGCUGCCGUCUCUGUCUCCUCCUGCUGGGGGGCGUGUUCCUGUCUCUCCUCCCCCAGCGCGUCACCAGGAGGACGGACGGAGACCAGCUCACACAGACCACUGGGACACACUGAGGACGUCUCCGGAGACAGUGAGAGACUAUGAGCCGGUCUUUAUAGAAAGUGAGGACGUCUUCAGAGACAUUGAAGACAGAGUCUUUCUCCACUGAGGACGUCUCCGUGUCGGUUGGAUGUUUUGAACUCUGGAGCAGAGACAUGAGUCAGAAGAUCAGCAGCUCCUGAGAGGACGGACAGACAUGGACAAACAGAAAGUGCUGGCCAAGCUGAUCUGGGACCUGUCGUCCUUCCUGUCGGCGCUGGACGCAGAGAGCCUGAGUGAGGCGGCGCGCACGCACAAGGAGGACAUUUCAGGACUGCUGUCCUCCCUGCAGAUGGACAGGACUGCUGGGGACAGUACUACCACAAUGGAAGACGCCGAGUACAUGAUCAUGAGCUGCCCCUUGUCGUCUCCUAGCAACCAGCCGGCAGGCACACCUGGGACAGAAGGCGUUUCGUCCCCUGAGCUGCUUCCAGAUCAGAUCUCACCCGCAUGGCCGAGAGACGCGGACAUUGUGGUGCCGCCUCUUCCUCCGGGAGGUCCAGGAGCUGAUGAUGACGACGAUGAUGAUGAAGAUGAUGAUGAUGACGAAGAUGCCUACGAGGAGGCCGCACCGUACAGACCAGACAACAGCACGUGCAACAUUGAGAAGGCGGAGUCAGAGAGCAGUCACUACGAGUCCUACGGCGAGGAAGAUGAGCUUGUGAAGGACAGGGCUCACUACGUCCAAUGGAGCGGCUCCCAGCCCUGCCUAAGACCCGCCCCCGAGUCCCGUCUCUGUGGUUACCUGUGGAAGAGGAAGUGGUUCGGCCAGUGGAGCAAACAGCUGUUCAUCAUCCGGAGGGAGGAGCUGCUGGGCUACACGUGUGCUCAGGACCUGCUCCCCCAGCUGGAGUUGAACCUGCGCGGCUGUCGUCUGGUCUCCAAGUCGAGGAGCAGCAGGAGGAUCCAGCACCAGAUCAAACUGGUUCCACUGGGCUCAGAGAGGCUGGUUCUGGGCUACAGCAGCUUCCAGCAGGCCGAGGAGUGGAGGAAGGUGAUCGAGGAGGUGAGCGUUGGAGGCGAGCUGGAGACGUCUCUGACCCCAUCUGACCUGCCGUCCUCCUGCAGGUCCAGUUUGGUCCACAUGGACUCCGAGGAGGAGAAACCUUUCUGCAGGAUCAACAAACACAAAGGUGUCCUCAGCGUGCUGAUGAACUGUCAGUGGCAGAGUCUGCUGUGUCGGGUGGAGGCGGGUCUUCUCAACAUGUUCGGAGAGGAGGAGGAGGAGGAGGAGGUGGAGGAGGUGGAGGAGAGGGCGCCUCAGUACACCGUCCGGCUGAGAGGAUGUGAUGUCACAGACGGACCCGACACGGCGCGCUCCCACCGCAUCACACUGAGCAUGCUCGGCGACCAGCUGGCCGUGCUGGAGGUCAGCAGCUCAGGGGAGAAGCAGCGAUGGUUGAAGCUGCUGCGGGACGGAGCCUCCGUCACCCCGGAGACCACAGUGGGCUUCAGACUAGAAGGUUCCCCACCUGCAACCCCUACAUGGUGGACCCCUUCUCUCUGAGUGGAAACGUCCAGGAGCAGCCCAUCUACUGCAACACCUCCGUCCUGGAGCACAUGGCUCCACUCGGCUGCGUCUGGUCCGGAGCCUCCGUGAGCAACAACAACUACAGUGAGUCUCAGCUUGUACACAAACAACAACAACAACAACAGCAGCAGCAGCAGCCGCCCUUUGAGGUAAAGGCCCUGAACGCUUCAGGCAG